GGCGCGUCCCGGAAGCCGCAGCCCCUCGUCCCGCACAGCUUGACCCGGUAGGCUCCUCACUGCCUCCAUUCAUUGCUCCCGCACACAGUCGCAUCCCGCACCGAGCCCUCCCCUCCUGUUUCUCUCCGCCUGGAAAGAUGGCUGCUCCGGUGGUGGUGAGGAGCUUCGGCCCGGCGCUCUGCCCGAGCUUCGCGGAGGUCUGCUCGUUCCUGGAGCGGUACGGAGCGACGCUGGAUCUACCGGAGAUGACUUUCCCGCAGAUGGAGCGGUAUCUGCGGGACACGACGACAGUUCCUAAACCCCUUGUGGAGCUUCACGUCAAGCUGCUCAGAAAACUGGGGAGGUCUGUGUCUACUGACCGCUGGGAAAAAUACCUGGCUAAGGUUUGCCAGGAGUUGAACAAUACCUGGGCAUGGGAGCUGGAGCAGAAGGGCUACCAGGAAAUGUCCAUGGAGUGCAAGUCAAGCAUCCUGAAAUAUCUGUGCGAGUGUCAGUUCGACGACAACCUGAAGUUCAAGAUGGCCAUCAAUGAGGAGGACCCGGAAAAAAUGCGUCUGCAGCCUAUAGGUCGGGACCGGCAGGGCCUGAUGUACUGGCUUCAGCUGGACCAGGAGCAGAACAUCAGGCUGUACACGGAGGAGCAGGACGACCAGGACGGAUCCACCUGGAAGUGCAUCGUCAGGACACGCAACGACCUGGCUGAAGCUCUGGAGCUUCUAAAAGCACAGGUUGAACCAAACCUGGAUCAGGGCCGGGACCAGAACCAAGCUGGACCAGGGAGCACCAGCCCUACAGAGAAAGAUGCAGGGGAUGAGACCAUCGGAAAAACUAAUCCCGAACCCUCCAAGACCACAGAGGAACACACUGAUGAUACGAAGGCUGACCCUGUAAACGAAGAGAAACCACUGAGACCAGUGGUGAAGCUGGAGCAGACGCAGCCUGUCAAGCAGGAAAACACUGAGGCUGAGGUCAAAGAAGAGAAGACGGACCACAAGCCUCCUGUCUUCGAUAAUCGUGUGAGCACGAUCACCACCAUCAUCAAAGCGGAGACCAGAGACUCUGACGGCCCCAAGAACACCGUAUCGGUCGUCAUGGCACCAGGUGCGGCUGUGACAAAACCGGAAAUGAACAAGGAAGUGGAAGCCGAGCGGGCGGUCGUCAGGAGCAGCCAGCAGGCCAAGAUACCACUGAAGAAGAGGGAGCUUAAGCUGGCCGAGAGCUACCACAGCAACCACCUCAACAACAGCAACAGCAGCAGUAUUAUUGUCUGUAACCCUUCAGUGAUCCAGACCAAGGACGGUCACGGAAGAGACGGGAAGGUGCCUAACUUAUUAGCGCCCCCUGUCGGUCAAGCUGUCUCACAACAGCAACUAGUGGUCACUGCAUCGAGGCAGGAACUGACCAAUGGGAGAGCGUCUCUCCUCCUGCCACACAAAGAGGGACAGAAUGGAGUCAUAGGGGUCAUAGGUCAAGUUGGAGUUGUAGGUCAUGUAGGGGUCAUCCGCAGCCCGUCUGAGCGUCACAGAGCCGUCGGCGCUGAGCAGCAGGAACAGAACGGGCCGAGUUUAGACCACCAGGGGUCCAGAGCUGUUGAGGAGGAGCGGGAGGUGAGCCGGCAGUCAGUGUUGGUAAGGAAGGGACCCGUUGAAGGGGAGGCGCCGGCUUCCACUCUGAUUCCUCAUGUGGUGAUGGAGGCUCAAACUGCCAGGAAGCUACCAUCCAUAAAAUCUGAUCAACCCCCUGAAGUCGUAGAGAGAAAAGUGGAUUCUGUUAGUGUUUCCUCGUUGUCUCAUUCCACAGAGGAGCCCAAAAGACAGACGGCAGAAGAUCAGGGUAAGAAAACAACAGAGGAGCCGUUAGACAGGGGGACGAAAACAAGCCACAGCAGUCAUCAGCAGAAAUGUGACAACCUGGACGAGAGGGAGGACAGGAGACGAGAGGCGUCUGAGCGUCCUGUGGCAGAAGAAGGAAGUAAAGAUGACCAUGAAAAGAAUAAAAGCACUUUAGGAAAGCUGGAGGCAGAUUUAGGGAGCACCGUUCCACAGCUGAAAGUAGACCAGCAGGAUAAAAAGGAGCACCAGGGAGACGGGCUCAAUGGUGCUCUGGCAGCCCCGUUUAGGGUGAAGGACCCUGGGCUUGGAUCAGAGGAGAAGAAGGGUCCCCGUGAGGAAGCUUCCUCUGAGCUCCAGAAAGAAGGAAUCAGAUUGAAGAUCAAGAUUCCUCCUCACCGGAGAAACAAGUUGAAGGGAAAGGGGGGAAAGGAGGAGGAGAAGGAGAGGGAGCAGGAGGUGCAAGAGGAAGGGAGGCCACUGAGGAGAUCUGCAAGGAUUUGCAGAUCAUCUGCUUUGCCAAAAUGCAGGCCAAGCUCGAAGGUGGCCGAGAGCCAGAAAAAGAAACCACAAAGAAAACAGGCACUGCCCAGCAGAACGAGGGGAGAGGAUGAGGAGGAGGAAGAGGAGGAGGAGGAGGAAGACGAUGAAGAGGAGCAGGACUCAACUACAAAGAAAGACAGAAAAACAGAACCUGCUGGUCAAAUCAGGAAACAAAGGGGUAAAAGGAGGCAUCGACGCCCCCGAUGGUCCAACAUUCGUUCAAAGAGACGCAAACUAAAUGAAGGAGGGGAGGUGGAGGACAGAGGGAAGAAGCAAGGAGAGGAGGAGAGUGACGGAGAGAGCGACUCCGAUGAAUCCUGUAAAUCAGAGGAGCUUCCCAGCGAGGACGCCUGCAGUCACUGUGGGCUGCCCAACCACCCCGAACUGAUCCUGCUGUGUGACUCCUGUGAUAGCGGAUACCACACUGCCUGUCUGCGGCCGCCGCUCAUGUUGAUUCCUGACGGAGAAUGGUUCUGUCCACCCUGCCAACAUAAGCUGCUGUGUGAGAAACUGGAGGAGCAGCUGCAGAAUCUGGACAGUGCUCUGAAGAAAAGAGAGAGAGCAGAGAGGAGGAGGGAGCGGCUGGUGUAUGUGGGAAUCAGUGUGGAGAACAUCAUCCCUGAGGGAGAUGAAGAGGAAGAGGAGAAGUCCACGAAGAAGAAAGAUCCCAAGAAGAGCAAAAAUCUGGGGAGGAGAUCAACCAGAACCAGGAAGCACAUCAGCUACAGGUUUGAUGACUUCGACGACGCCAUUGAUGAGGCUAUAGAGGAAGACAUCGGGGACAUCUGUGGCGGAGCAGAGCAGGGCAAAGACAUCACAGCUGUCCUGUCAGAGGACGGCAAGGGUCAGCGGCCAAUCAGAAGCCAGGCUCGUUCUGCCAGAAACAGGAAGAGGAGGAGACUGAACGACCUGGAGAGUGACAGCACGGCGGCAGAGAGCGAGGACGAGUUCAUGCUUAGCAACAGCUCAGAGGAUGAGGACUUUGGUGCGUCAGGGGCAGAUGAUGAUGAGGAGGAAGACGAAGACGCGGGCAGCGACGUGGGCAGCUUGGAGAGCGGGGCACGCUCCAAACGGGCAUUAAGAGGGGUACCUAAACACCGACCCAUCAAGACCCAACGCAGGGGCAGGAAGCGACUGAGACGGCGGCGGAGACGCUCCUCCGAGGAAGAGGAGGAAGACACUGAUGAAGAAAUGGACUCGGAUCAGUUCAGUGACAUGACUGACAGCGACGCUGACAAAAAGAGGCGGGGUCUGAGGCGAGGCCAAUGCCAGCAGGUCAACUACCGUGAGACGUCUGAGUCAUCAGACAACUCCAAAACCUCCCCCAACCGGGACAAGGUUAAACCCCGAGGCCGACCACGCAAGGAGCAUCUCUCGAGCGACUACAGCGAUGUGUCCCCUUCCUCUAGAGAAUCUGAUGAGGAGGAUGACUACGAAGACGAAGAAGAAGACGUGCAGAGAAAGAGAGUGAACAGGAGGAGAAGAGAGGAGGAAGACCUCCGGAGAAGCAGGACGAGAGACAAGCGGCGGAGAUAUGAAGACGACGAGGACGAUGGAGAGAGAGGCCGGCGACUGAAAAGGAAACUGUUAGAGAAGGAGAAAGACAAAGACACCCGGAGGAGGUUAAAGAGGACAGACAGAGAGGAAGAGGAGGACCUGGAGAAGAUGGGCCGGGGGAAGAGGAGAGAGAUUCUGUCACAGCAGCGCCGCAAACGACUCGCUCAGAUGCUGAAGAAACGGCGGCCUUCGACGGACGAAGAGGAUGAGGAAGAUUCAGACGAAUCAGAGUCGUCGUCAGAAGAGGAUCGUCCAAUCCGCAAAAGACUCAACCGCAUCGACUCUGACGAUGACGAAGAGGAAGACGAGGAGGAAGAGGAGGGAAGACAGAAGGUGACGACCAAAAAGUCUUCAGCAGGAGGAGAGAGGAGGGCCGACAACAAAAACGACAGCGACGCUCAGGACAAGGGGAGGGGCCGCAGCCUGUCUCCAUCAAACGGACAUCGGACCUCCAGAGGCCCGACGAAGCCUGGGGCUGGAAGUCCCACUGUGCCCAGGGACAGUGCAGGAUCAGGCAGGCACAAUGGCCCCUUACAUCCAGAGGAGGAGGAGGAGGAGGAAGAGGAAGAUGAGGAGGAGGAGGAGGAGGGCCAGUCAGACUCUUUAAACUCUGUCCAGAACAGUCCGCAGUCAUGAUGGCUGUCUGUGAGUAACGCUCGCUUCUUGGUUUCAGUUUUUUUGUUUUUCUUUUAACUGUCAGGCCUUUUUACCACAAACUGGAUCUCUCUCUCCAUCCGCCUCUUUCUCUCCCCUUCUUACUCUCCUGUCUUGCUCUUCCUCCUCGCUGUUGUAUUGUGGUAGAGUGCUAUCCACCAUCACGUGCUGUACGUCACAACACAAACUCAUUUACACUCAUCGUCACCUCUGGCAGGACCGCACGCCAGCCGGACCAAAAGCGACGUCGCACCAGGACUGGCAGCACUUCAUGUUUUUCAGUGGACGCACUCACACGGUUUACCCGUGACCAUUUCUCUGAACUCUUUGAGUCACGGACGUCUUUCUGGUGGGUCCACGCGUCAGGAUGAUCGAGCGUUCAUCCCAUUUGGGCCUGACUGAACCAGACACGGGAAUCUGUUUGUAGUGUACCUCAUCCUAAAGCACUUCAUCAUUCUCAUAGCACUUAAUAUCCCGCCACCAAGGAGAGUGUCAGUGUCAAACCAAACACUUUGGAUACAGAGCUGUUACAAACCCAGCACAUCAGUUUGCUUUGAUUUGUUUGUUUUCAGAUUUCUGCCUCCACCCAGCACAGUGGAAGUGAACGGAUUUUUUUUUAGCCUAAGACGAGAUGUCCACAUCAUCCACUGACUCCCAGUGAGGGGACAUUUGUCCCUUCUCUCUGUGUCCUGUCUCUGUCUUUCUAUAAUCUAAUAAUCUUAUAACUGUUUUUAAAUGCCCCUUUCUCAGUGCAGCAACACUCUGCUGUGUUGUGGCGAUGGCAGAAAUCUGAGACAGUCCCCUCAAAUGCUGCAAAAAUAAAUAUGACGUGACAACAUGAUGAUGUAAAUUUGUCAGUGACAGUGUUAUUUAAAUGCAAACUACAGAAAUAAUCAGGCUUGACUCUAAUUAAGGAGACACACUGACUACGACACACACUCACUGUUCAGAGAGCGCAACACUAACGGUGCAUUGAAGUCCUCAAAGAGAUGAAGGUGGUUAACAACUUCACGUUCAAACAUUCUCAGUGCUGAAGAUCUGCUGCUUUUCUUUUUCUAAUGUGAUAAUGAACUGAAUAUUUUUCAGUUUUAACGUGUCGGUCGGACAAAAAAAGAAGUUUGACGAAUCACCUGAGGAUUCAGGAAACUUCUGUUGGGCAUUUCACUCUUCUGACAUUUUAUGGAACAAUUAAACAAUUACUUUAAGAAAAUAAUCAGCAGAUGAAUUGAUAACGAAGCACUAGUAAAUAUUUUAGUAUAACUUCCGACAACUUAUGUUGAUUUUUCCCGGCUGCUACAGUUUGUAUCUUAGGUCCAUUAUUAAAAGCCUGCUGUGACACAACAAUAAUAAUACACACCACAGUGCAUUCAUGGAGGGCUGCUGCUUGCUGCAGAACUGUCCUCCUGAUUUAAAAAGUCAGCCAAAGUGUUUCGGUUUGAGACUGCUCACUCGUUUGUUCCAUAUGUUCAUUACACCUUGGCCUGGUGGGACCACGUUUGCUGUACAUACUUUGCCUGUACGCUGUUCCUUGUAAGAUAAUAGUUGUUCUGUUCUCUUAGUCCUCUUGUAAAAUAUAGUGUUAUAUUUUCUAUAUGAAGGAGAGGAGGAGAGAUGCUGCUGUGAGUGAUGUGUGGAUCGAUAAGGUUUCAACUGCGAGUUCAUCGGCGGUUUGCGUGUUUUGUUUGAAAUUCUGCAGCCGUCGAUUUGUGUGAAAUAAGACCAGCGUGCAGCCCGUUCAUGUCACAGAAGUGUGAGAAGAGCUGAAUGUUGCUCUCUUUCAGCCCCGUGUCGCACAUCUUUAAAGAUUUUUAACAUUUCUUCUCCCUGAAGGGGAUCCCAGGAGUUUUUAAGAAGGAACAAAGCUUUAUUUAUUUUUCUGAUGGAGGCUCAGGUGAGGAAAAUGAUCUGGUCAAUCAAACAACUGCUAACUUUGUUUUCUCCACCAGCCAUCUCCGCUCCUGAACAGCCACCAUCAUGAUAGUAAAAUAAGUGUCGGGUGAACUUUUGGGUUGACUGUGUGGACAUGCGAUGGUGUCUUUGUUGGGCACAAUGGAAGAAUUCUUUUAACUUCAAACAGUCAAAUCACUGUGAAGGCUUUAAAUGACUUUUAUCCUGCUGUUCACAUGAACCGAACUGGUUUCUCUCUAGAUACUUUGUAACGAUCCCCCCCCUCAAAAAGUUGAACUCAAAAAUUAAUUGCAGAUCUUCCUUUCAUUUCUUUCUCUCAGUUUUUAGAAGUGAUUUGAAGUGGAGGAAACUCUGAGCCCGUAUUUGUCAAACUUCUGAGAAUUACACUUCAAAAAGUAAAAACAGUUCUUUGAAGCAACUUACUCGAACCUGCAGCAACAUGUAAGAAAAACUCUUAAGGACAAUGUUCAAGCAAUGAUAUUGUUACAUAUAUGUUCAGAGCAGAGGUGACGACUUCUCCUACGUCUGCCAAAAAUAUAAAAUUAAAGAAACCCUUCAAUCUAAUCUAUUUAGAAUCUAUAAAUAUGAAAAAAGUAUGAAAUGAUGGAAACUGAAAUAUAAACAAAAAGAGAAAUUUGACUAACGCAUCAGAAGAAUGAAGCUUUUGGCUCAAACGACCUGAUUCUACAUUUUGCUCCAGCUGACGUUUCAUUCAUCAUGAUAUUUUGUACAGUCACUGAUUAACGUCCCAGAAAUGUUUGGCUCUCUUUGUUUUUGUACUUGCAUCAUAAAUGAUCUUCACCAACUUUCCUCCUAAACUGAAGUCAUAAAUGUGAUAAAUGGA